CUUAAUCUUGAACGGAAGUUGUUUACAUAUGUAUUCCAAGUUGGCCAUAUUGAAUCUUUGACGUGUGCAGAACAAACACUAACCUUUUUUGGUGAAACAUUAUUAAAACAAUAAUGCAUCAUAUAUAUUCCUUUAGACCAGUCAAGUUGACAAUGUAUCCAUUUUUAACUUAUGCACGUCUUCUAAAUGAAGCAUUCUCUUUGUCAACUUCUGGUCCCCAAAUUUAUAUAUAAAUAUGCAUGUUACGGGCGCUCAGAAUAUCAUCACCAAAACUUGGAAGUAACAUUCAUCGUGGAGAGGCAAAGAAGAGCUCAUCAUUUCGAAAUGAGGUCAAUCACAGCUUUAUUUUUCCUUUUCUGCUUCCUUGCUCCUUCUGCUUUGGCUCAGCUCCGAUUUGGCUUCUACGGCCGAUCAUGCCCACGAGCAGAAUCUAUUGUUGCUAAUGUUGUUGCCAACCGUUUCCGCCGUGACCGUACCAUUACUGCAGCGUUGCUUCGUAUGCAGUUUCAUGAUUGCUUUGUCAGGGGUUGUGAUGCUUCCCUCUUGAUCGACCCAAGACCCGGAAGGCCAUCAGAGAAAAGCACUGGACCAAAUGCAAGCGUGAGAGGCUACGAGAUCAUUGAUGAGGCUAAGAGACUUCUCGAGGCUGCCUGCCCCCGAACUGUCUCAUGCUCAGACAUUGUAACUCUAGCCACUAGAGACUCGGUCGCAUUAGCUGGUGGUCCAAGGUUCUCAGUACCAACAGGAAGACGUGAUGGAUUAAGGUCAAGCCCCAAUGAUGUGAACUUGCCCGGACCAACAAUUCCCGUGGCCGCAUCCAUCCAACUAUUUGCAGCACAAGGUAUGAACGCGAACGACAUGGUUACACUUAUUGGUGGUGGCCACAGCGUUGGCGUUGUGCAUUGUAGUCUUAUCCAAGAUAGACUCGCUGAUCCCGCAAUGGACCGCUCAUUAAAUGCUAGGUUGAGGAACACAUGCCGUGCUCCAAAUGACCCAUCUGUGUUCUUGGACCAAAGGACUCCGUUCAUUGUGGACAACGCUAUCUACGGAGAGAUCCGAAGACAGAGAGGAGUCAUGAGGAUUGAUCAAAACAUGGGUCUUGACAGAUCAACCCGUGGAAUUGUGUCGAGUUUUGCACAAAACAAUGCACUCUUUAGAAAGAGAUUUGCUGAAGCGAUGGUGAAAAUGGGAACCAUUAAGGUUCUUACCGGACGUUCUGGAGAGAUCAGAAGAAACUGCAGAGUCUUCAACAACGGACGUUGAUUCUACACUGUCCUGGCCAUUAUUUAUUUCGACUCUUGUUGUUUUGUGUGUUUCCCUUUUUUUUCGUCUGAAUAAUCAAUGUAAGUUUUUUGCAAUCAUAUUUUAUUAUUUCCUUCAAA